AUCCCAAUAAUUGCCGCACCGAAAUACAAUGUAGAGAUGUUGCCUCCAAAGUCUUACCUAAAUGUGUUCGAUUACAAUAGUAUUAAGGAACUAGCAGACGAGAUGGUCAAAGUCGGAGAGAAUGAAACGCUUUAUAACAGUUAUUUUAAUUGGAUGAACAUUUAUAAGCGUAAGAAGAAAUCCAUAUAUUGCAGAUUAUGUGAAGAACUUUAUGCCAAUAGAACAGCACAAAAUUAUGUUGACAUAGAUGAAUGGAUCAAUGAUGAUAUUUGUGAAAAACAGACGUUAUGGACAUCGCUGUUGGCAUUAUUCGAGAGGUGGUUGUUUGAUAUCGGAUUGGUAUAAAAAACAUGAGCCACAUAACAGAUCAUAUGUGUGAAUACUGCAGUCGUCAUCAGUCGUAAUGGUAUGAUGACAUGAACCCCGAUCGUCAGAUUCCAAUGAAAAUUCUAAUGAUUAUACAGUUAUGACAUUAAAUGUUAUAAUGCUAUAUCUCAUAUA